CUAAUUUUAUUCUGGGUUGGGGCGGGGGGUUGUUCCAUGCAGGUGCUGGGCUUGUCCCAAACUUUUCAUUUCAAUUAGCUUAACUGGCAUGAAUUUUUAGGUGAAGAAUGUUGCUAAAGCAGAAAUUCACAUAAAAAUGGACAUUUGAUGCUUAAGAAAAGAUUAAUCAGUCCACCAAAGUUUUUGGUACAUAGAUAAAGCGUCAUGUAUUGUCUAUUAAGUGACACAUGUUCACUUUACUGACAGUGAGUAAUAUUCUUCUGACACAAAUAUGUUCCCCCAAGGAGAUGCAGCAGUGGGUGAUGGUGUCAACAGACAUGUUUUGUCAAUGGCCAUGCAGAAAUUGAAAACUGGCUUCAGAAUAAAUUUAGGCUCUGCUGCUUCUACAACCCUUUUUGAGGGGGAAAAAGACCAUCGGGUUCCCUCUGCAGCUGUUAUCCUGCGGGAAAGCAACCUAUUUGAGAUGGCAGGUCGUAUGAUGGGUCAUUCUUUCCUGCAUGGUGGGUUCAGCUUCUCUGGACUCAGUUUGCCUGUGGUGACCCUAUUGACUGGUGAGAGCAUUGACACUGCAGCAGCAGCUCUGACACUGGAGGACUGUCCUGAUAUUGACCAUCGUGAAACAAUUGGUUUGCUGAAGAAUGGUGAACUUACUGCAGAAGAAAACACCAAAGUGACUGAUCUUUGCCUGUCCUGGGAUCUUCCAUUUCCAACCUCCACCAAUCGUGUCUGGCUGUUCCAGGAACUGCUUUCACAUGCAGUACUUCACCGUGUUAAACAGCCAAUUAAACAAAUACGGAAAGGCCUUAAACAAACAGGAAUCUGGCCACUUCUUUCUGAUAGGCCAGAUGUCCACCCCUUCAUUUUCCCAAGGGAGUCAAGUGAGGAGCUUAACCCACAGACCGUGAUCCAGAACAUUACCUGGCCACAACCUAACUUUGACAGCGACGAGGAUGAGGACGACACUGUUCCAUUGGAGAAAAUCAGUCUUGUCACUGGAUUUUUGAGAAAAUUCAUAGAGGAAGCGCCACCAGAUGUGCUGCGUCACCUGAUGAAGUUUUGGGUGGGGUGGGAACUGCCAACAACAAAACUCAAUGUUGAGGUUGUAACCUCAACUUAUCCAGUGGCUCUCACCUGCUUCUUCAAGUUGAAGCUCCCCAGCCACUACCAGACCUACAAGAUUUUUCACCAGGACUUGAUGAUGGCCCUCAGUUCCAUAAGUUCUGGCUUUGGACUUGUGUAGGUAUAAAUGUCAUCAACUUCUUGCACUCAGUCACUCUUUUGAAAUGGAGUCACUUAAAAGGGCAAUUCCUG